UUGAAAAAAAUAAAAAGCUGCAAGGUCUUGAAAAAAACAUUACAUCUAAUGAUUAAAAUAAUGCCUUAGACUAAACAUCAUUUACUAGUGUGCUCGAGUGAUCGAGUUGCAAUACAAUAAUCGACUACAAAGUAUUGAAAAAGUCCAUCAACAGGUGAUAAGGAAAGUAGAAAAUAUGAACGUCAGCUGGUCUUGAAUCACUCUGGUCAACAUCAAUCAAACUCAAAAUUUUGUCUCGACUAUUGUGCAAUAGUACCAGAUAGUGAUGGAUUAAACAAGAAAUUAUUUAAUAAUAUUCCGAAAUACAAUGCAAUGGAACUAAAUUUAUCAUCUGAUAUUAAUGCCAUUAUCUUUCGCUUCUUCUUCGCCUUCGUCGGGAAUGUCAUCAUCGCGAAGUAGCAGUAGUUCAACAUCUUCGAAUGUAAUAAAUGGCGAUAAGCUUUAUCCUUCUUUGGAGAGUAUUUGUUACAGAUCAUCAGAAGAAGAUGAAGAUUUUGAUACCAUUGCUCUGGACGAGUCCCAUUCGUCAUCCUCAAGCAGCAAGCGAUACUUGUAUCCACAGAAAGAGUUUGUUGAAGAACUGAGACCAGAGGAAGUAAGAUGGUUUCACAAGCUGCAAACAGACACAGGAAAAAAUUGGACUGCAUUUAUUGGCUAUGAUUCCCUGAGGAUAGAAUGUAGGUAUCGAGCAUUGAAUUUGAGUAAUGAAAAUGGAGAUAUCGAUGAAAACGAGAAAAUUUUAGUUCGUGGAGGAUUAUACGAGGUUGACAUAAAGGAGAAAAAAUGUGUUCCUGUGUACUGGUCAGAAGAAGAUUCAGUGAUUCUUCGAGGAAUCUGGUUUGAAGAAGGCAGUUGGCAACCUCUUGAAGAAUCAUUUGCAAACCAAAUUGAAUCAGAGCAUAUGGCCAAGUUCCAAGGUCUUCGAUUAGAAGAAGCUCCAGAAUCACAGAAAGGACCUAAACCAGUGGUACACAACCUCAGAUUCAAAGACUUUCAUGUUGACUGGAAUGCCUCUAAUGAAGUCCAUAAAUACAGUGAGAACACAUCAUCAAAACUCUUGCGCAAUGUCAGGCAGAGUAUGGGUUUGCAAAAAUCUGGCAACCGACUGUUCAGAGGCUACUGUUAUGAAGCAGUGAUGGACGAUAAGCCCCCUGACAUAAACCAUCUGGUGUUUGUCAUUCACGGUAUUGGCCAGAAGAUGGACACAGGCAGCAUUGUGCGAUGUACCAAAGAUCUAAGAGACAGAGUAAAAUACAUGAGAAGUAAAAUGUUUCCAGACUUUGAUUUGACCAACAAGAGGGCAGAGUUCUUGCCUGUGCAAUGGAGGUCAUCUUUGAAACUGGAUGGUGAUACUGUAGAAACAGUGACCCCACAUAAAAUGAAAGGUGUGAGGAAUGUAUUGAACAGCUCAGCUAUGGAUGUGUUAUACUACACAAGCCCUCUGUACAGAUUUGAGAUUACCAACAGCUUAAAAACUGAACUGUGUCGACUCUAUCAGAUGUUCUGCUCUCGCCAUCCUUACUUUGAACCCAGUGACGGCAAGGUGUCAAUUGUUGCACAUUCAUUAGGCUCUGUGAUAUCCUACGACAUCAUCACUGGAUGGAACCCAUUGCACUUGUAUGAUCAGCUGAUCACCUCAUUGAUUGAUGAAGAGGAAGAAAAAGCUUGUGGUAAUAGUGAAGUUCUGGAGGAUGUGCAGGCAGCUAAAAAUAAAGUUAAAGAUCUUGAUGCGUUGAUGAAAUCUAUUCAAGGCAAGCAAGGGAAAAUUGUCAAGUCCAUUCCAUUCAAUGUAGAAAACCUGUUCUGUAUUGGCUCCCCUUUAGCUGUGUUUUUAGCUCUGAGGGGUGUCAGACCUGAGGGGAAUGGUUCACAGAACCACAUCCUCUCUACCUCACUAUGCAAGCGCUUGUUCAACAUUUUCCACCCAUCAGACCCUGUUGCCUACCGUCUGGAGCCUUUAAUUCUCAAGCAUUAUUCCACCAUCAUGCCUUUGCCAAUCCACCAUUUUUCUGCCCCCAAGAAGCUGCCUUAUUCCAUGUUUCCAGCCCGCGCCUAUGCAGCAUUGACAGGUACUGUUGAUGAGUUGGGCAAAGAGAAGCCAACCAAAGAGGAGGACAUUGGAGAGACUAGUGUGAAGGAGGGGGCUCAGAAAUUCUCUCUUGCUAGCUGGUUCAGCAACAGAAAGAAGAAAGAUGUGGCUGAAAAACUGACAGCUGAGCUCCAACUGAUGAACAAGAGGGGGAGUGAAGCUGCAGUCCCUUUACCUGAUGCAGACAACUUGGACAAGACAGUCAAACGGGAAAAACGUACCAAUGAAAUGAUGUUUCAUCUUUUUAAGCUGGAGUACCGCAUGGACUUCCAGCUGAGGGAGCAGAGAAUGGAAAACAGCUACCUGUCAGUGCUCACCUCUCACACGUCCUACUGGCUCAACAAAGACAUUUCAUAUUUCCUGCUCACACACUUGCAUCCAGAGCUACAAGAAGGAGAAACACCAUGAAACUGCUGCUGGUUUUAUUUUAUCUCACCAUCUUCAUCUUGAUCAGAGCUAGUUUGUCCAGGGCGUCGAAAGGGAGAUAAUUAAAAGACCAAGGGACGUAAUCAUUGCUAUCAUCAAAAUAUAUGAGUUAUAAACUAAAACCAUUUGAACCAUCUCAAUCAGCUACGUUCAGUAAUUAAAAAAAAAAAAGAUGCAGCUAAAACAUGGCGUUUUGUCAAAAUUUAAUUUUGCAACUGUUUUAUUAACAAUUGCUUCAGUUCUUAAAUUCAAACUUUAAAACAGGUUGUUUUGUUUUUCUUAAAUGCAUUUUAAUUAAGUUCAAUGGAUUAUUUUUUUUUUUUAUUGAUUUACCUGUUUCAGAAAUUGUGAAAAUUUGAUCAAUAAUUGCAAUGUAGAGCUGUUGAACAAUGCAACAGAUGGGAUUUUAACCUUUUUUUUUUUUUUUUGUGUUAAGCUUUUUCAUGUAUGUGUAAUGUUCCAAAUGACAGCGCUCUCUAUCCACAUACCAUUAGAUCAAUCAUAUUAGUACUGUGGCAGAUGUCUCGAUAGAAAUAUACCUUUUAAAUAAUCAUUUAAUAUGCUGUUUUCAACUUUCUUUUGUGUAGAUUACAUUGAUGCUGGAGCUUUCUUACUGCAAAAAAUAUAUUUUCGAUUGUCAUGUUGUUUAAACUACUGCUUAUAUAUAUAUAUCUUAUUUAUUUCAGCAUAAUACGGGGAACAUUUUGAAAAUGAACUGCUAAUAUUUUUACUAAUAAUAACAGCUUUUGUUUUCUCUAGAUUAUUUUGUAACGUCUUUUCUAGUCGCUUUGUAUUAUUUUAUUACUCAGUUUUUAUUUGAAAAACCUAAAAAUUUGUUACUACUAGUUACACAAAUUUGUUUACAAUUUUUUUAUAAAUUAAUUUAUCAGCGAAAAAGAAAGUACAGUUUUAUAGCCUGAUAUAUUUAAAAUACUUAACCAUUGUCACCUUGUUCGCAAAAGACCUAAUUUAAAUAUCACAUAGGGGUGGCCAAUAAU